AUGGAAAUCCAUCACCCCGCCCCAUUCUCUCACUUUCCAUCACCCCGCCCUGUUCUCCCACUUUCUAUCACCCCGCCCCAUUCUCCCGCUUUCCAUCACCCCGCCCCAUUCUCCAACCCUUCCAUCACCCCGCCCCAUUCUCCCUCCUUCCAUCACCCCGCCCCAUUCUCCCGCUUUCCAUCACCCUGCCCCAUUCUCCCGCUUUCCAUCACCCCGCCCUAUUCUCCCGCUUUCCAUCACCCCGCCCCAUUCUCCCGCUUUCCAUCACCCCGCCCCAUUCUCCCACUUUCCAUCACCCCGCCCCAUUCUCCCGCUUUCCAUCACCCCGCCCUAUUCUCCCGCUUUCUAUCACCCCGCCCCAUUCUCCCGCUUUCUAUCACCCCGCCCCAUUCUCCAACCCUUCCAUCACCCCGCCCCAUUCUCCCUCCUUCCAUCACCCCGCUCCAUUCUCCCGCUUUCCAUCACCCCGCCCCAUUCUCCCGCUUUCCAUCACCCUGCCCCAUUCUCCCACUUUCCAUCACCCCGCCCCAUUCUCCCGCUUUCCAUCACCGCGCCCAAUUCUCCCGCUUUCCAUCACCCCGCCCUAUUCUCCCGCUUUCCAUCACCCCGCCCCAUUCUCCCUCCUUCCAUCACCCCUUCCCAUUCUCCCGCUUUCCAUCACCCCGCCCCACUCUCCCACUUUCAAUCACCAAACCCCAUUCUCCCGCUUUCCAUCACCCCGCCCCAUUCUCCCGCUUUCCAUCACCCCGCUCCAUGCUCCCUCCUUCCAUCACCCCGCCCCAUUCUCCCUCCUUCCGUCACAUCGCCCCAUUCUCCCGCUUUCCAUCACCCCGCCCCAUUCUCCCACUUUCCAUCACCCCGCCCCACUUCUCCCACUUUCAAUCACCACACCCCAUUCUCCAGCUUUCCAUCACCCCGCUCCAUGCUCCCUCCUUCCAUCACCCCGCCCCAUUCUCCCUCCUUCCGUCACAUCGCCCCAUUCUCCCGCUUUCCAUCACCCCGCCCCAUUCUCCCGCUUUCUAUCACCCCGCCCCAUUCUCCAUCCUUCCAUCACCCAGCCCCAUUCUCCCGCUUUCCAUCACCCCACCCCAUUCUCCCUCCUUCCAUCACUCCAUCCUAUUCUCCCUCCUUCCAUCACACCGCCCCAUUCUCCCUCCUUCCAUCACCCCGCCCCAUUCUCCCUCCUUCCAUCACCCCGCCCCACUCUCCCGCACUCUCCCGCUUUCCAUCACCCCGCCCCAGUCUCCCGCUUUCCAUCACCCCGCCCCAUUCUCCCGCUUUCCACCACCCGGCCCCAUUCUCCCGCUUUCCAUCACCCCGCCCCAUUCUCCCUCCUUCCAUCACCCCGCCCCAUUCUCCAACCCUUCCAUCACCCCGCCCCAUUCUCCCUCCUUCCAUUACCCCGCCCCAUUUUCUUGUUUUCCAUCACCCCGCCCCAUUCUCCCGCUUUCCAUCACCCCGCCCCAUUCUCCCGCUUUCCAUCACCCCGCCACAUUCUCCCGCUUUCCAUCACCCCACCCGAUUCUCCCACUGUCCAUCACCCUGCCCUAUUCUCCCGCUUUCCAUCACCCCUCCUUAUUCUCACACUUUCCAUCACCCCGCCCCAUUCUCCCGCUUUCCAUCACCCCGCCCCAUUCUCCUUCCUGCCAUCACCCCGCCCCAUUCUCCCGCUUUCCAUCACCCCGCCCCACUCUCCCACUUUCCAUCACCCCACCCCACUCUCCUGCUUUUCAUCACCCCGCCCCAUUCUCCACCUUUCUAUCACCCCGCUUCAUGCUCCCUCCUUCCAUCACCCCGCCCCAUUCUCCCUCCUUCCGUCACCCCGCCCCAUUCUCCCGCUUUCCAUCACCCUGCCCCAUUCUCCCGCUUUCUAUCACCCCGCCCCAUUCUCCAUCCUUCCGUCACCCCUCCCCAUUCUCCCUCCUUCCAUCACUCCACCCUAUUCUCCCUCCUUCCAUCACCCCGCCCCAUUCUCCCGCUUUCCAUCACCCCGCCCCACUCUCCCGCACUCUCGCGCUUUCCAUCACCCCGCCCCAUUCUCCCUCUUUCCAUCACCGCGCCCCAUUCUCCCGCUUUCCACCACCCGGCCCCAUUCUCCCGCUUUCCAUCAGCCCGCCCCAUUCUCCCUCCUUCCAUCACCCCGCCCUAUUCUCCAACCCUUCCAUCACCCCGCCCCAUUCUCCCGCUUUCCAUCACCACGCCCCAUUCUCCCGCUUUCCAUCACCUCGCCCCAUUCUCCCGCUUUCCAUCACCCCGCCCUAUUCUCCCGCUUUCCAUCACCCCGCCCCAUUCUCCCUCCUUCCAUCACCCAGCCCCAUUCUCCCUCCUUCCAUCACCCCGCCCCGUUCUCCCACUUUCCAUCACCCCGCCCCACUCUCCCGCUUUCCAUCACUCUGCCCCAUUCUCCCGCUUUCCAUGACCCCGCCCCAUUCUCCCGCUUUCCAUCACCCCGCCCCAUUCUCCCGCUUUCCAUCACCCCGCCCCAUUCUCCCUCCUUCCAUCACCCAGCCCCAUUCUCCCUUCUUCCAUCACCCCGCCCCGUUCUCCCACUUUCCAUCACCCCGCCCCACUCUCCCGCUUUCCAUCACUCUGCCCCAGUCUCCCGCUUUCCAUCACCCCGCCCCAUUCUCCCGCUUUCCAUCACCUCGCCCCAUUCUCCUGCUUUCCAUCACCCCGCCCCAUUCUCCCGCUUUCCAUCACCCCGCUCCAUUCUCCCUCCUUCCAUCACCCCGCCCCAUUCUUCCUCCUUCCAUCACCCCGCCCCAUUCUCCCGCUUUCCAUCACCCCGCCCCAGUCUCCCGCUUUCGAUCACCCCGCCCCAUUCUCCCGCUUUCCAUCACCCUGCCCGAUUCUCCCUCUUUCUAUCACCCCGCCCUAUUCUCCCGCUUUCCAUCACCCUGCCCCAUUCUCCAUCCUUCUGUCACCCCGCCCCAUUCUCCCUCCUUCCAUCACCCCUCCCCAUUCUCCCGCUUUCCAUCACCGCGCCCCAUUCUCCCUCCUUCCGUCAUCCCUCCCCAUUCUCCCUCUUUCCAUCACCCCGCCCCAUUCUCCCGCUUUCCAUCACCCCGCCAUUGGGAAGGGGAGCACUAUGGAGGAGCAUCAGAAGGCGCGCAAGGGAGGGGAUGCGAGGGGAAGAGUGGGUGGGUGUUGCUGUGCCAGUCGUCUCUUGCCAUGUCGACAGCAGAAUCGACUUGUGGCAGCAGUGUUGCCGUUGCUGCCAUCACCACGCGCCUUCCCUGUACGCAGUUUUCUCUGCAUCGUUGUUGA